AUGCACUUCCACCACAGUCACAGUGACUACACCCCCGUGACACCAGUCACGCAUACUGCCAACUGUAACAUGUCCUGUGCAUCAAGAGGAGAAGAAGCACAGUACGACAUCUAUCCAAAACAGAACCUCUCCCACGAACAACGCCAAGCUGUCCAGCAAAAUUUGCGAAACCUGGUCCAAGACGUCGAGGAGAAGCAACAUCCUGUCACUGGUACUGUGUGCUGGUCUACUCGACUUGCUAAGGAACAUGCAAACUUGCUGAAGCGAAGUCCUGAGUUCAAUGAUCAUUCACCCGACACGGACACGAAGCUCAAAUUCGUCAGUGAGCAUGUGACAUUGAUAUACGCACGCGAGCUUCUUGCCGCUCAUGAAACUUCCCUCGCCCCGCAACAGCCGACCCAGAACUUCUCCAAGCACGCAGGCUCGCAUGCUACGCCAGCAAACAUGACCGGACUCGACACGGCGAUGAAUAGCCCUGGAACCUCACGUCGACCCGCCUCAACUCCCGCUAAGAUAUGCUACUUCCUCGACAAGAUACCACCCGAGGGGCGUCUCAUGAUCUACGAGUACCACUUCGCCACCUUCAAACUCGACUACAGCACUAUCGACAUCUACACCAGUUUGCAGCCACCCCUUCUCAACGUCUGCAAGCUCAUGCGUGAAGAGGCGCUAUCUCUAUACGAGGCGCGCAUCAGGGAGAGCAAGGGCGUGGUUCGCGAGACCCGGGAAAUUGAGCGACAGAGAGCAGAUGCAGAUUACGAUGCGCGCGGUGAGAUCUUUGCUAGCAAGGAGGAGCACGUUUCCUACUCGUAUAGGGUGGUCAAGCAGAUGACGGCGUCCAUGAAGGCCAAUCGUGCUCACAUGGUUGAGCUGGCUAGGAUCCAGAUGGUGCAGGAUGGAAAGGUGGACCCAGAGUUGGCGGAGUGGUUGGAGACUACUGGGCGAAAGCAUGAGGCGAAGAUGGGUUGGAGCAUUGGGGAGUAG